AUGCGUCAACAUCAAGUCACAGUUAUCAAUCUCGUACCGUCGCUGGCGAUUGCAUUUAUCGAUUAUCUCGGCCGUCUCAAACAACGAUUUUCACCAUCGCUACGAAUCGUCGUGUCUACAGGAGAGCCACUUUCUCGGACAUUGGCUAGUGAACUUCUAACAUAUCUUCCGUCAAACACGCAUCUCUUGAAUUCUUAUGGCGUAACUGAAACAACCGUCGAUUGUACGUAUCGUCGAGUGUUUGAUCACGAUUGUGCACCGUCAUCACUGUCUUCAUUUGUUCCCAUCGGUUUUCCACUUCCGAACUAUAUUUGUCAUGUCAUACAAGAAGAAGAUGGUAUUGGUGAACUAUUUAUUGGCGGACCAACUGUAUUUCAAGGCUAUUUAAACCGAGGUCCGAAUCCGCUCGACAGUCGGCUAGUGAUGAUCGACGGCAGCAUGUGUUAUCGUACGGGUGACCUCGUCAAAAUUGUCAAUGACGAACUAGCCUACGUUGGCCGACGAGACUUUCAAGUAAAAAUACGAGGUCAACGAAUUGAAACAGGAGAAGUCGAGACUGUGAUAUUGCGAGAAUGUCGCGAUCAAUUAAAUGCAUGUGUAAUCUUAGCGAAUGAUGAUCGCUUGAUUGCCUAUGUUCAAUCUCGUUCAUCCGACACCAAUAUUGAACAAAUUGUCAAUGAGGCAUGUCAACAACAUCUUCCGACAAGUAUGAUACCAGAAGUUAUUGUUGUCCUCGAUCAAUUUCCAUUAAAUGCUAAUGGCAAAGUCGAUCGUACUCGUUUACCACUCCCAUCACGUCCAAAAAAUCUAGUAUCGACCGAUGAUGAACCUCAAAAUGAACUUGAACUCUACUUACAUGCAUUGUGGUGUCGUCUUUUGAGAAUAGAUCGAGUGCCAUGCAACGUCAAUUUGUUUGCACUGGGUGCUAACUCUUUGCAUUUUAUGCUUGCUGCGAAUGACUACCAUUAUCGACAACAGACAAAAGAUGUACAGUUUGAUCUACCGGCUUUCAUCCGGCAUGCCACAAUUGCGCACCAUGCUCAAAUUCUUGCAACGAAACAGAAUGAAAUCAUCACUCCAUCGGUUUGGCAGUCCCAGCAUCUUACCGAAGCGCCGGCAUCAUUCGAACAGGAAGCUAUUUGGCUUGAUGAGCAAAUGCGCUUCCAGAGUGAUAAUGAUGGCGUUGCUGUUUAUCAUAUCGUGCUCGCUUUUCGUAUCCUAUCGACUGACGGUACUGUACCUACGACACUUAUCAUGCUUACAAACUUAUUACGAUCAUUGCCUCAAGUUGAACAAGACAGACGUCUGAAAUCGUUACGUUGUAUUGCAUCUGGAGGUGAGAAACUCUAUUUGGUAACGGCUCUUGAUCUGCUACCAUUUUUGGAUACGAAAUGCGUUAUACGGAACUACUACGGUCCAGCGGAGUGUGUUGUAGCAUCUACAUGCUACGUAGUGACAGGUAAUGAAUCACAAAAUCGCAUUGGUCUACCGAUUGGACGACCAAUGGCUCAUGCACAAAUCUACAUACUUGACGAGUUCCUCCAAGAACUCGUGCCCGGUCAAACAGGUGAAAUUAUCAUCGGAGGAACUGGUGUAUUCGUCGGUUAUCGGAAUCAGGACAAGCUCACUCGGGAAGUGUUGAUUGAUUACAAUGGAUCUCGGUGUUAUCGGACGGGAGAUUUCGGUCGAUUGAAUGCGCAAAGUGGACAGCUCGAAUUUCUGGGUCGUCGUGAUCAUCAGGUCAAAAUUCGUGGACAAAGAAUCGAAUUAGAUGGAAUCGAACAACUUAUUCUCCAUUUUGAUUCCAAAAUUUCGAAUUGUCUUGUUCUCAAAGUAUCACUCGCGUCGGUUGAUCACCUGAUUGCUUAUGUCCAAUGUAAUGAUGAUCAGCAUUCAAUCAACGAUAAUGAAAUUCGCAAUUUUUGCCAAGAGCACUUACCUUCGUUUAUGGUACCCUCAUUUUUCAUUGUUCUCGAUCAAUUUCCACUUACUCAUACGGGAAAAAUUGAUCGUAGUCGUCUGCCUCGACCAACUGCUGACAUUGUUCCGAAUCAUCAAAAUGAAGUUCUAUCGUCACUUGAACGUAAACUCUGUUACAUUUUUGCGCAAGCAUUUGAAUUGUCAAAUCCAGCAUCACUCAAUGUGGAAGCAACUUUUGCCGAGCUUGGCGCCACUUCAUUAGGUAUUAUCAAAGCUCUUGGUCUCAUUCGACGGCAACAAUUGACUGAUUCGCAUCCGAUUGAUAUCGGCACGCUCCUCGCAAAUCCGUCAGUGCGUCUGCUAGCAAAGGCACUGGAUUCAUCAUUCUCACACGAUGAACUCUUUGCUAAAGUGCCAUCCGAAACUGGAUUCAUUGAUUCACAUGUACGCAUCGAUCAACGAGCUCGUGUGCAAGCACAUACUUACGAAUAUCGUCAAUUAUACUUGCGUCCAGUGUCAAUUGGUACUCGCUCUCAUCUGAUGGCGAAUGCGCUUGUAUUACCCGGCUGUCAUCUUGAUGGAAAUAAUACAAUCUGUCCAUGCACACUCAUCAUGAAAGGCGAUAAAUUGCCGAUGCAUACAGACUGGAAAGGAUCACCGCCUAGCCAUUGUCAUUCAUCGCUUUCAUUUCACCAAUAA